AUGGGCCGACAUGCUACGGAACCUCGACACCGCAAGUACCAGAUUGAUCCGAAGAUACCAAACCAAACCAAACCAAACCAUCCAUCUGUAGCCAUCUGCAAAGUGACAACCAGACUCCGGACCAACAACGCACUACGAGACCAUCAGUUCAACGCCAUUAAAUGUCGCUGCGGCCACUUUGCCACAAGGUCGCAUGUUCUCAUUCAAUGCACUGAACUGAAACCAGCUCGUCUUCUAGUUUUCCAACAGAUAUCAGAUAAUGUAACCAAACCAAACCAAACCAAACCAACGACUACCAUUCCACUAUCAAUCAACAAGAAAUACCAUGAUCAAAACGAGUUUGGAAGAAUGAAGGAGAUCGAGUAA